AUGCCAUUUGGUCAAAUUGUUAUUGGUCCUCCCGGGUCUGGUAAAACGACAUAUUGUCAUGGAAUUCAACAAUUUCUUGGAGUAGUGAACCUUGAUCCAGCCAAUGAUUAUUUACCAUAUCAAUGUGCAAUAAAUAUAGCAGAAUUAAUUAGUUUACAAGAUGCAAUGGAAGAAUUGAAAUUAGGUCCAAAUGGAGCAAUGAUGUAUUGUAUUGAAUUUUUAGAAAAGAAUUUUGAUUGGCUUGAAGAAAAAUUGAAAGCAUUAGGAGAUCCAACUAAAUAUAUAUCUGUAUUGUUGUUAUCUCUUAAAACUAUGAUACAAAUUGAGUUACCUCAUAUUAAUGUACUUUCAAAAAUAGAUUUGAUGGAAUCAUAUGGAAAAGUACAAGAUUUGUCAUAUUUGCUUCAACAUUUAGAUGAAGAUCCUUUUACAAGUAGAUUUAAAGAAUUAAAUAAAGCAUUAUGUGAAUUAAUAGAAGAUUUUAGCUUGGUUGGAUUUCAUACACUUUGUAUUGAAAACAAACAAUCAGUAAUGAAACUUAUUCAAGCAAUAGAUAAAGCUAAUGGUUAUAUAUUUGGUGGAUUAACUCAAGGUAAUGAAAGUAUUAUGAUGGCAGCUAUUGGUGGUAAUUCAACUUAUUGUGAUAUAAUGGACGUUCAGGAGAGAUGGUUAGAUCAUAAAGAUUUAUGGGAUGAAUUCGAACAACAAGAAGAAAACCAAAAUCAAAUGAAUGAAUAA